UAAAAUUGUAAUAACUAUAAUAAAGUCUUACAGUCUCUCUACUUUCUCGUGUUUAUAUACCAAAACAAAUGAAUGUGCUAAAAGCCUCACUCACUCUUUCUUCUAUCCAACAAAAUCAAGAAACCACUUCUUGACCUCUCUCUCUUCAUCUUCUGCUUCUCCUUCUUCUUUCCUUUUUCUCUCACUCAGAUCUCGGCAAGUUCUCCACCGGUUAUGGACAUGGAAUGAGUAGCCGCCGUCUCAGCGACUGCUGCAAGGAUAUGGACUUGUUAUGCGGAGAGGAUUCGUCCGACGUGUUUUCCGGCGAAUCAACGGCUGAUAUCUCGUCGGAGGAGAUUGAUUCUUGGCCUGAGGAGUCAAUAGCAAGCUGUUUAGAGGACGAGGGACACUUUGUUCCAGGACUUGACUAUCUCUCUAGGUUCCACUCUCAAUCUCUGGACGCUUCCGCUCGAGAAGACUCUGUCUCAUGGAUACUAAAGGUACAAGCGUAUUACAAGUUUCAGCCUUUAACGGCGUACCUCGCCGUUAACUACAUGGAUCGGUUUCUCUACGCUCGCCGGUUACCGGAAACGAGUGGUUGGCCAAUGCAGCUUUUAGCAGUGGCAUGCUUGUCUUUAGCUGCCAAGAUGGAGGAAGUUCUCGUUCCUCAUCUUUUUGAUUUCCAGGUUGAAGGAGUGAAGUAUAUAUUUGAGGCAAAGACGAUACAAAGAAUGGAACUUCUUGUUCUGAGUGUGUUAGAUUGGAGACUAAGAUCCGUUACACCCUUCAGCUUCCUCAGCUUCUUUGCUUACAAGAUUGAUCCUCAGGGAACCUCUCUCGGGCUCUUUCUCACGCAUGCAACAAAGAUUAUACUCUCCAACACUAAAGAAGCGAGCUUUCUUGAGUACAGGCCAUCGAGCAUAGCUGCAGCUGCGAUUCUAUGUGUAGCCAACGAGCUACCUUCUUUAUCCUCUGCUCUAAAUCCCCACGAGAGCCCUGAGACUUGGUGUGACGGAUUAAGCAAAGAGAAGAUUGUGAAAUGCUACAGGCUAAUGAAAGCCAUGGCGAUAGAGAAUAACAGGAGAAAUUCACCAAAAGUGAUAGCAAAGCUCAGAGUGAGCGUAAGAGCAGCAUCCACAUUGAUGAUGCCAAGUGAAGAACCCUCUUUCUCAUCAUCAGCAUCCUUAUCUUCUCCAUGUAAAAGAAGGAAACUAAGUGAUUACUCGUGGGUAGGUGAUGACAACUCCAGCUCAGAAUAAACAGAGGUGUGGGGGGAGUAAAGUAUAACAUGAAGUACAUGGUUAAUGAUAAUAAGUGCAAGAUUCUAAAAAGGGUAUUAAAUUAAAAGCAUGAUUAAUGGUAAGAUUUGCAUUAGUUGGGAGAGACAAUGGUCAUCAUUAAUGACUUUGCAGAUUCCCAAGGAGAAGAAAGUGAGUGAGCGUGAUAAACACACGUGUGAGAAGAUAAGAUCAUGAGUGUUUUUAUGCGUGUGAGAGAGAAGGGCAUGAAUGCAUUACAGUCACAGUUGUGGAAGAUCUUUGGUGAAGGUUUGAAUUUCAGACAGAGAGGCCUUUGUCUUAAUGGUUCGCAGAAGUCGUGGACCCCAAGCUUCUUUGGGUAGUUGCGAGUGUAUAUAUGUUCUUUUUCUUUGGGAUUGAACCCUAAUAUUUUUGAUUCUUUGUGUGCGACUGCACGCGCCGGAGGCGUGUCUUGCACGUGUUUGCUUCUUUUUUUCUCUUUUUUUCUUUCUAUGUUUUGAUUUACAUUUUGCACUCCCUAUGCAUGCGUGUAAGGCGUCACGUGUGUAUAUUUUAUAUGAUUUGUUUAUUUUCUAUAAUUGAAAUUGUCUUCGAAGUUUUUGAAAAGAAAAAUAUGUAAGACAUGGAGCUAAUAAUGAAGCAAAGUAAUCA